AUGAUGCACGCUCCGAACCUCAGUCGCGACGAGAUUUUGUCUGGUCGCGGCUACCAAGGCCCUCCUCUAGGCAACGAUCCAUAUGCUGCCGCAGCCAGCAGAACUGCUGUCCCUAUUCAGAAUUCUCCACCAUUGUCGCAAGGCUCGACCGACAACAGCCUCUCCAGUCGCGCUCGCUCCCAGCGCUCACCCAGCGCAACCAACAGCCACCUUUCCUCCUCGAGCUCAGUCAGCGGCGGUCCUGGUGUCUACUCGCCAGCCAAUAGCGACUUCAGAUCAUCUGUCAAGUCCAACAACCAGGAGGCCGCAUUGGCUCACCAUUACUCGGUCCUGAAGGUCUACCUUGCGCCAUACCUGAGAGACGAGCAGNGAAACACACGUCCCACUCGGGCANGGGACAAGUUGCUCCGUCUGUCGCCUACGCAAUUCAAUGAGCUGAGUACCGACGUCUUCGACGAGCUGCAGAGACGUGAGGACGAUCGUCGACGACCAGGAGGCGUUGUGCCCCCAUCUCUCCCACCCAGAAACAUUUUUCACCCCAAACGGAACCAAGCACGCCAGAAAUUGUCGACUCUCNCCNCCGAGAGAUUCCGCCAACUCGCGACUGAUGUAUUCUUCGAACUGGGAAGCCGAAUGCCCGCUCUUUUAGGCGCCGAUGGGGAUAGACCUACCAGUCCUACAGGCAGUAUAGCGAGCAGAACCAGCGCGAGAACAUCUAGCCGACAGGGACAGGGCCCUCCAUACGCCAUGCGCCGUCCGUCGGGCCAACAAAAUGGCAUGCGCGGGCCUCCUCCACCUGGUAUCAGGCCUGGGCCGCCCAGCAACGGUCCCUAUUCGCCAUAUUCACCCUCCGACGAAAGCAUGCCUCCUCCACGUACCGAUUCUCGUGGUGGCCCUAUAAGCCCGAACAGCAGUUUCGGAAGGCCACUUCCCCAGACAUUCCAAAGCAACACUAUGGUGCCCAAUAAAAGCACCAUGGUGGAAGACGAUGAGACCGACGAUGAUGAUGAUGAGACAUAUGGUUUGGGGCAAGUGUCGGGUACCAGCCAAAGAGAUGCCGAAACAAUGAAAGCCUUUGAACUUCAGGUGUCAGAGCUCGAGGCCAAGAUUGCGGACCUGGAAGCGAAGCUACACGACAAGGAUACAGAAAUCGAAACGCACAAACGGGGCCACAGCAAAGACAAAGACGAAUGGUCACAAAUACGAGAAGAGCUCGACAUGAAGAUAGCAGAUUCUCAGAAGACGCUAGACACAUUACAUGCCGAACUCGAGCACUCUAGAGCAGAUCGAGACCAAUCUGAGUCUGAUUUGCGUGCCCGUACAGAACAAGCGGUGUCAGAUCUGCACCUUGAGCUGGACGAGAUCAGGAAGGAGAAUGACAUGCUUCGAGCCAAUGCUCCUUCGUCCAAAUCGAUGGAGGACGACAGCGACUGGCAGCAUCGCUACGAAGAGCUAGAGCAAGAGCUUGCGCAGCAACAAAGGAUCACAGACGAGGUACGCCGCAAUGCCGAACAGCACCUGCAGGAAAUGCGCCUGUUGUCAGAGCAAAGCGAAUCGGCCUUGGAGAAGGAGGAACAACUGCAGUCUCGCAUUGCAUCGUUGGAAGCAGAAAACGAGCAGUGGAAGGUCCGCUAUGCCAAGACCAGGACACAGUUGAGGACACUAAAAGCAUCCUCAACUGGCCUCUCGAUCCAACACAUGGCUCCUGGAGCACUGUCUUCCAAGCAUGAGCAUAUCAAGCCGAACGGAUUGGUAAAAGAUAUGGAUGUGACAAACUUCCAAAUCUCAAUCGACGAACUACUACAAGCAGCCCGCAAUAUGUCAUCUGCGCCACACUCAGCACUCGACAAGGCCAAGGACGUUGUCCAAAGCGUGCGAAACAUGACAUCUGGCGUCGAGGGCUCCUUCUCGAACCUCAACUCUCCUCACUCUUCGACAACCCAUCUCUCACAAAGCACCGUGGGCCCGACCCCAGAGACGCUCAAGAUUCGCGUGUCUCGUGACGCAAACAACCUUGUCUCAGUAACUCGCAACCACGCAGCGGCCAACGGACUUGCACCUAUAUCACUUGUCGACGCAGCAGCCAGCAAUCUUACCACAUCGGUGGUUGAGUUUGUGAAAAUCGUUGGUGUACGCGACACCCACAACGAGAGCGACGACGAUGACUCUUCUGUGAAUGGUGAAGACAUUGAGAUUGAAGAGAUUGCACCACUGUCAAUGUCGGGCAACAAGCCAGUACUUGUAAAGACACCUGUGGCGCCCCAAAAGCAACAGGCGGGUACUGGGUGGUUCUCGAUGCUUAAGGGAGCAAAGAGCGACCACAGCGACGAUGAAGACGAAUACGACUACAGCUAG